AUGGUGUGCAUCCCUUGCUGCGUCAUGGUUCUGCUCUGGAUCUACAAAGAAUUCCUGGUGCCAUACAUAUGCCCUCUGCUUUCCCCCUUUGUUAGUCACAUGUGGCCUAGAAAAGCUCUUCUAAAAUCCCAUGAUAAAAACAAAGGCAAAGCAGACUGCAAGGGUGCAGACAUAAGCGGACUGCCAACAAAAGGACCAAAGGAAAUCUCUGAUAAAAAUAAAGACUUAAAGGGAUUGUUCUAA